AUGGAUAAGUUCCGCCUGGUGUUCCAGUUCCUUCAGACCAACGAGGAGUCGUUCCUGAACGGGGCGUGCGGGCUGCUAGCCCUGGCGAGCGCCCAGCUUUACUCGGCCUUUGAGUUCAGCUGCCCUUGCCUGCCCGGCCACAACCUGCCCUACGGACUGACGGUGCUGGCGGUGCCGCCGCUGCUCUUCCUGCUGCUCGGCUUCGUGCUCAACAACAGCGUGUCGGCGCUGGUGGAGGAGUGGCGGCGGCCGCGGGGGCAGCGGGCCCGGGACCGCGGCGUGCUCCGCUACAUGCUCUGCUCUCUGCUGCAGCGAGCUCUGGUCGCGCCCGCCGCCUGGAUCAGCUUCAGCCUCCUGGACGGCAAGAGCGUGGUCUGCGCCUUCAGCGAGCGCCUCGACCUCCGCAGUCUAGGCGUGAACGACUCGGCGCUGCCCGCUGCGCCCGCCGAUCUCCGCCGCCUCGUCGCCGCCCUCCCCUGCCCCGAGCUCUCGCCGCAGACUGCAGCCGUCUCCCGCGAGGCUGCCCGACGCUAUCUUCGCUGCCUGUCGCAGAUGCUGGGCUGGAUAUUCCUGCUGCUGAUCACCGCCCUGACCUUCCUGGUGCGAGCUCUGCGGCCUUGCUUCAGCCAGGUGGCUUUCCUGAAGACCAGGUACUGGUCUCACUACCUUGACAUCGAGCGCAAGCUCUUCGAGGAGACGUGCCGGGAACACGCCCGAGGCUUCGCCAGGGUCUGCGUGCAGCGCUUCUUCCUGGAGAUGGGAGAUGAGCUGAGUCGAGGCUGCGGCCCCCACCUCCCGCCGGACCCCCGCGCCGAGUCGGACUCUCAGCCCAAGCUCUUCGGCAUCACCGACGGCGAGGCCAUGAACAAACUGUUGCGGGACUGGCACAUCCACAAGCCGCCCCUGAACGUGGCACCCGCCCCCCGCGCUGACGCCCGGCCCGGUGGUCCCGACCUGCAGUUGCCCGUCGCCAAGAUCAACAACGGCAGCCAGGUCCGUUGGGAGAAGGUGGUCUUCUGCAGCAAGGUCUGAGCCUGGUCCCCACAGCCAUCUACACCCACCCCCUCGCUGGCACUUGACUAAAGGC